UCAGGUCUCGGAUGUUAUCCUUUCUUCUGAGCCACGGACAACAUUUCAUCUAGCCAGGUGCAACAAGGGCCCAUCCCUCUUGGCUUUUACUAGUCUUCUGAAAAUCUUGACGUCAAUCUUUUGAUAGUGCGAGAGAGGAUAGUUUCUCUGGAUCCGGCUUGACUCAUCAUCCAAAGUUCCAUCCCAACUAAUCAGAAGGAGAGACCCCAGCCCUUGUUUAACCUCCUCAGCUGCUAGCUAGCACCAGCAUGUCAGACAGUCAACAGCCAGAAGAUGGUGCCCCCCAGUGGGACCCAUCAGGGGGGCAGGAGCCUGGUGGUACCCAUGGAGCCAAUGGAUACUCUUCCUCAGCCUACAGGACCUGCCAGCCUGGUGGGACCCACAUGGCCACAGCCCCCUACUCUGCCAGGGAGAACGGCUUCAAUGGGGAGCUAACUGGAGCUCAUGCUGUAACUGCAGAGCAAGUGUCAGCACGGAUUGUACAAGAAGUGACAGCAGAGGCAGUGGCAGUACUGAAGGGAGAACAGGAGACUCAAAGACUGCCAUCAGUUGAAGACACCACCAAUUUGCCUCCCUCCCCUCCCCCCUCACCUGCUGCAGAGCACUUUGGACCUCUGGAACAAGAAGAGACCAUGGAAGCUCUUACAGCUGAAUACGAGGAGGAGGAGGAGGAGGAGGAGGUGGAAGAUGAGGAGGAGAGUGCAGAGGCAGCAGAGUCCGAGGCAGCUCUUGAUGAGCAGCAGUGGAGUGGGGAAGAGCCCGAGCUGGACAGCCCCCAAGCUGAGCCCUUAGAGCAGGCAGAGGCCAUAGACGAGGCCCAGGAUCUAGACCUGGAGCCGGCUGAGGCAGCUAGUGCUACUGCAGAGAGCUCUAUGGACAGAGAGGAGGAGGAAGCAGAGGGUGAGGAGAGCCCUGAGACAGCUUUGAAGAUGGAUACAGACAAGCAGGACAGUGGAUCCAUGAGCCCUGACAGCAUUGGAUCAGAGAAACGCCCAGAGGAGUUUUAUGAGCCACAGAUCCAAGGGUUCUUUGCUGGUGAACGAGUUGUACCGGAGAGUCCCACCAUGGAUAUGCCAUCCUUUGUACCUCCAGACGUUCAAAGCCAAGCCAAAGAACCUGUCAGAUCACUCACACUUCAGCCUACAUAUGGUGAGCCAAUUACAGUGUCAGAGAAGCAGCCAUCAGUGGAGGUGGUUGAGUUCAGCAGUAUUGGUUCUCCUUCUGAUUUCACUUCAGUGGGGGUCAAAGUUCAAGGAGGAGACUCAACAAGUGAUGCAAGAGACAGAUCGGGCAUGUCAGCCUAUUUUGAAACAUCAGCCAUGGAGGUUAGUGAAGGUCCCCACAGUAAGGGUGAGGGUUAUUACGAACUGAGUAGAGCUGGUGAAAAAACGAGUACUGUUGAUACCAGUUCUCAGGAGAUCAGCUACAGCACACUAGCUGAAGCUCAGGAUAAACCUGAAACUAAACAAAGUGCAACAGAAGACACUAGAGUAUUUACAGUUCCUGACAGGAGUAAUGACUGCAGGCUUUCCCCAGGUAAACUUGCCUUAGAGCAGAGGAGUUACUCACUUAAUAUAACCAUAGGAGCAAUGGAUCAGAGUGGCCAAAGCAGACAAAGGAACUUCUCCCCACUGGCCACAGAUAUCAUGUCAUAUACAAGCGGGAGCUUAGAUGAGUCGGCAGACUACCUUCCAGUUACUACACCAUCUGCAGAUAAACCACCAUCAUUCCCUCCACUAAUCCUGGAGACCGCAGCUUCCAUUACUUCAGAUUCCUCAUCUCCUCCAAGGAUCGCAGAGCAACCUCCAAUACCCAGCCCUGAACCAGAGUCUCCAGAAUCCCCCCAGCCUUCUAAGAAUACAUAUAAAAAUGGCACAGUAAUGGCACAAGACUUGCCUGAGAUGCUUGACCUUGUUGGUACCCGUUCAGGACUGCAAUCAGAAAACAGUGACCCAGAAAUUAUUCGGAGGAAGUCCAUUCAGUCUGAUACUUCUGCCUUAACUGAUGACCCCCUGGCUAGCCUGAUUUCAGGGGAACUGAGUCCUGGGGGUAGAAAGAGUGAGAGUCAGCUGGAAGAAAUGGGUUAUUGCGUAUUUAGUGAAUAUUCAGGGCCCAUGCCAUCCCCUGCAGAUGUAUUCAGCCCUACAGACACUUCUGCACAAAUCUUCACCCCAUCUGUCCUGGAGGAAAAGGUGGCUGAGCAGGCAAGAAAAUUAGCAGUCAGAGAUAUAUCUUUGGAGGAUAAGAGCCAGCCAUCAGGAGUUACUGAUGUAGCUGAAGAAAAAGACCAGAAGCAAGAAGAGAGAAAAGAUUCAUUUGAAGAAAAAGAAAAGAGCAAAGAAGAUGAUCAGGUGAUUACAUCUGUAAGUGAGACACCGCUUGCUCAGCCAUGUGAGCCCUUUGUGACACCAACUGUCACUGUGACACUGGAAGAAGGUGGGAGGUCAGCAAGUGAGACCGAACGACAAGCCAGCGGUGAAGGCUCAGUGUCAGAAACCGAGAUCGCCGACUAUGAGAGGCAGAUCCGCAAACUGGAGAUGGAAGACAGGCCUCUCAGCUUGGAGGAGGAACGAGAGCUGCAGGAGCUUCGAGAGAAGGUGAAGCUGGUACACCAGGAAGCCUAUGAGGAAGUGGAUGCUGAAGAUGUGUACCAGCUGACUGGCGUGGCCAAGGACCGAAUUGCGAGGCCUGUUAAAACUUCAUCUGCCUCAUCUGUGGAGAGCAACAUCGAUGAUGACAAGCUGCUCUCCCCAGUGCUUUCACCUUCCAAACUUAAACAAAGAGAAAUGUAUGGUUCCCCCAAAAGGGCAGCGUCACCUGUGUUAGGCAUAAAUAAAGAUGAGAGAGAAGAACAGAAAAUUAAGGCAGCACAAGAGAAGGAAGCAGCUGAGAAAAAGCUUAAAGAGGAGGAAGAGGCAGAAAAGAAAGCAAAGGAAAUGAAAGACAGAGAAGAGCAGGAACGGAAAGAGAAAGAAGAGGCAGAAAGGCUAUUGAGGGAGGAAACAGAAAGGAAGGAGAAGGAAGAAAAGCUGGAAAAAGAAAGAAUAGAGAAAGAGUUGAGAGAGAAGGAAGAGAAAGAAGCAAUAGAAAAGCAGCUGAAAGAGAAGGAAGAGCGUGAGAAAGAGGAAGAGAUCAAUGCAAAAGUUGCAGACCAACCUGAAGUGGAUGCAAGACAAAAAGAAGCAGCAGGCAUAAAGGCUGCUGAGGCUGAACAGCCGAAAGAGAAAGUUGAGGAAGAUAUAUUUAAGAAAGGAGCGGCAGAAUUUACAAUGGAGAUACCAGAGGCUCGCGCUGCCAUCGAAUCGGUGGUGACAGUUGAAGACGAUUUUAUCACUGUGGUCCAGACCAUCGAUGAAGCUGAAGAACCGGGGCACAGCGUUCGUUUCUCAGCUCCACCUGAGGCUGAAGCUCUCUGCGUUGCUGCUCGGACAGAAGAAGAAGAAGAAGAGGAGGAGGAAGAGUCUGUGGAGUUGGCUCAGGAAGCGGAUAUAGAGGCUGCCAGUCUAGAGGAAAUGGGAGAUGUUCCUGAAAUCCUUGGCUCUCCCGAGAGGGAGGCUCAGACCAUAGAAACAGAAGGACCAACAGAAAGCUACGACAGAGAUGAAACCACAAUGGACGACUCCAUUCUGGACAGCUCCUGGGUUGACACUCAAGAUGAUGAUAAGAGUAUGGUAACAGAGCAGACUGAGCCUUUGCCCAAGGUGUAUAGUCCAAUCAAAAAGCCUGCUGGGGUCCAGAACAAACAGGCACUACCUCGGAAGACAGAGAAACAGGAAAAGCCUAUUAAACCCAAGACCAAGGGAGUGUGGACUAAAGGCCGAAUCUCCACACCAGAACGCAAACCUGCUCGCAAAGAACCUGCCUACAUCCCCAAAGAGGAAGUCAAGAAGAAAAAAGCAGUGAUAAGGAAGGCUGAGCUUACCAGAAAAAUGGAAACUCGGACUCAAUCCCCAUCCAAGAGGAGCGCAGGGAAAGCAGCAGUCCGCCAGACCCGUCCCGUUCAGCACCAUUCCUGCCCCAGGAGGAUAACCACAGAGGCCCUACCAGACAGUCGUCAGCCUCUCAGUGUUGCCAGACAGUCUCGUGACAGAGCGUCGGAUGGUGGAUCACGGAGCCCAGAGAAGAGGUCUUCAGUGCCUCGGCACGCCUCGUUUCUGAGUCGCCGUGGGCCUCACGACCACGAAGAGAGCUCUACGUCUAUCACUAGCUCCGGCUCUACGGCUCCCCGCAGGCCCACAUCAUUUCGCGCUGAGAUGAGGGCAGAACACAGGACAGGACGAGCUCCUAGUAUGACAGUUUCAGAAUCAGUGCGCUCACGUUCAGCUCGGAGUGGCCACUCCACCCCACGCACCCCUGGCUCAACAGCCAUCACCCCAGGAACUCCUCCCAGCUACUCAUCAUCUUCAAGGACCCCCGGUACCCCACGCUCUCUCAGUUUGAUUUGUCAGGAGAGGAAGGUGGCUGUGGUCCGUACCCCACCAAAGUCACCUGCAACCACACCAAAGCAGCUCCGCAUCAUCAACCAGCCACUGCCCGACUUUAAGAAUGUCAAGUCCAAGAUUGGCUCCACAGAGAAUAUCAAGUACCAGCCUAAAGGAGGACAGAAACAGAAGGACCAAAAUGGGCCAACAGAGGCCAAACGCAGGGCCUCUUUGAUAUGGAAGUCAGUGCUGCGCCUCAUCUCUGUUACUCUGUGUCUGUCUGCGGUACACAGCGUGACCUGGACACAGGACCUGCUGAUUCAUAUUUUAAACAAGAGGCAGGACUUCAGCCCAUCUCUGUCAAAGUGCAGCUCCAAGGAUAAUCUGAAGCACUCUCCCCGUGGAGCGAAUGUUCUCAUCCCCAGUGUUAAGCUGGACUAUAGCCAUGUUCAGUCUAGGUGUGGGUCCUUGGACAGGCGUGGCUACUCGGCAGGAGGUGGAAACGUACAAAUACAGAACAAGAAGAUUGACUUGAGCCACGUGACCUCCAAGUGUGGCUCUCUAGACAACAUCCAUCAUCGGCCAGGAGGUGGUAAUGUGCGUAUAGAGAGUGUGAAGUUGGACUUCAAAGACAAAGCCCAAGCAAAGGUGGGUUCCCUGGAAAAUGCUCACCACAUUCCUGGUGGAGGCCACAUCACGAUUGAAAGUCACAGGUUGACAUUUCGGGACAAUGCCAAGGCCCGAGUAGAUCAUGGAGCCGAGAUCAUCAUCCAGUCGCCAGGCCUGUCCGGCUCAGUGUCUCCCCACCGCCUCCGCGACAGCCAUCUAUCAUCCUCUGGGAGUCUCAACAUGAUGGAUUCACCGCAGUUAGCAACCUUAGCGGAGGAUGUUACUGCAGCUCUGGCCAAGCAGGGUUUGUGAACACUGGAUCUCUGGAUUGCUGCACUCGAGACAUCCUCACCCUGAUCCGUUCAAACUUUUCUGCCCUCUCCUGCCACCCUAAGGCUGAAUGAUUACCACUACUACUCAGCUAAACCACAGCCUCUAAACAUCCUUACUUCAAGAUCCAUCACUCAAGUCUAAGUAGAGACUCAAAGUAGGAGCUACUGUACUUUGGUCCUAUUUAUUCUGUUUUCUGUCUAUUUUAAACCCAAACAUGUGCUAUUUCUGAUUGAUUGUGAUCUCCCUCAGUUUGAAAGAUGUUGCAAAGAAAAGUUCGCUGUAUCCUCUGAAUAGUGGGGGACAAAGGAUUGGUUUUACUGGUCCUGGAUCAGUGUUGAGGAAGCAACAGCCUUUUUUUCUACUCUGAAUAGGAACUAACGCGACCAGUACACCAUGCCGCACGUAUUGUUCUUGCUCAGUAAACGUGCAUGGACACCCUAACAAAACAAGCAUCCUUACUGCAAGUCAUUCUUGUCAUCCAAUAUAUAAUAUAUUUAUCAAAUAUAUAUAGAAACAUGUAUAAAAUAAAGAUUCUUUGCCAUCUACAUGUCCUGAAAACAUUUUAAAAGGAAGUGACAAAAUGGCUAGAAAAUCUGUAAAAUUGCAUUUAUGCAAGAAACUAGGUCAUGUUACCACGAGCAUGUAUGGAUCUAAGUCUUAAAAGAGGCUAUUUUGUAAUUUAAAAUAAGGAUUUUAGUAAGUUAUUUCCUCAUUUAUUGGAUAAAGAUUAAACAAGUUCAUGUUUUGUAGUUAAUAGUUGUUUACAGUGUAAUGCUUGGUGACAAUGUCAGACAGCCGAUUUGGUGUUGCUAAAGAAUGCAUCUCAGUCCUGUCAAAGUGCAUCACACACUUGCACCCGCUCAGCGGUUCAACGUGGAAGCCUGUUCACACACGACAAUGAUAAAUAAACACUGGAACUUAUUUCACAAGCAUCCUAAAAAAAAAGGAAACCACUUAAAGUACCUUGCCUUUACAGACGCAGAUAAGCAGCUCACAUGAAUAAACAGCACUGACAUUUUUCCAGUAUUACAGGCCGGCAUUGCACUCAUCGGGACUGUCUGAACCACAGAGAAGAUGCUACAGUUUGCAACCUGAUAUUUAGCAGAAGAUGCAGCUACUCUGAAAUCUGUGUGUGUGUGUGCUUUUUGGUGCAGAUCCCCUGCUGUUUCACAGCGGAUGCUACCGUAUCUGGAUGUUUUGUUGCAAUAUGUGGGAGAAUAAAUUGGACAAAAUAUUUUUGAAAAAUUCAAAAAGUUAAAGAGAUGCUAAAUGGAGAAAAAUAAAAUGGAACUCAAUUCAACUCCUGUUAUGUCUGUUAGGAAAAGAAAAAAAAAAAAAAAAAGUGUUUGGGUGAUCUAGUUUCUUUUUUCAGACACCAUUUGUGGUAUGCCCCGCCUCCUGCCUACUACUUACUGCCCUCACCUGCAAUUGUUUGUUUGCUUCUGUGUUUUUUCUGCAUUCCCCAUCUCCGUGUGCCCCUUCCCCACCUCCUACUCCACCCUACAGCAACUGUAAAUGUAUUUAAAAGGUCAAGUAGAUGUACGCAGUUUUUCUCUUGUUGAUAUGACACCAGUUACAAUAAUUAAUGACAAUAAA